AUGGAGAAGCGUGGAAAGUUCGACUACAUUUUGCUGGAGACAACAGGCCUGGCAGAUCCUGGAAACCUGGCUCCUCUCUUCUGGGUUGACGAUGGUCUGGGUAGCACAAUCUACCUCGAUGGCAUUGUGACUCUAGUCGAUGCAAAGAAUAUCAUGCGCUGCUUGUCUGAGCCAACGCCAUCGGAAACUCAAACGGAUGGUACAGAACACGCCCAUGGACCUCAUCUCAGCACCGCGCAUCUACAAAUCUCACACGCAGAUGUGAUCGUCAUCAACAAAGCAGAUCUAGUCUCUGAAGCUGAGCUUGACCAAGUCAAGGCCAGAAUCUCGUCCAUCAACGCUCUGGCCAAGAUUCAUGUCACAGAACACAGCAAGGUUCCAGCACUGGAAGGCGUACUGCUCGACCUUCAUGCCUACGACAAAGUGGACGCCGACAGCAUUGACUUUGCCAGCAAGGGCCAUAGCCAUCUAGAUCCCGCCAUCUCAACAAUGACGUUGACAUUGCCGCCUCUGUCCCCAGCCCAGUUGGAGAAACUAGAUACGUUCUUGCGUAACAUUCUAUGGACACGCUUCUUUAUCUCACACCCGGAAGCCGAGGGUGUGUCAGUCGAGUCUGCGGGCUCGAGACCAGAGAUCCACCGUACAAAGGGACGUCUUGUGAUGCAAGAAGGUGGAGUCAAGCUUCUGCAGGGUGUGCGCGAGGUCUUUGAGUUCAUCGAUGCUGCAGAUGUCGGUGCCUCGAAUGACAGUAGCUCUCCUGACAGAGCCAAUGGCAAGAUUGUCUUCAUUGGUCGUAAUUUGGUACCUGCAGCCUUGCAGAAGAGUCUCGAAGAUGCUGUCUUGACCUAG